GAUCCUUGAGGUCCCUUCCAACCCAAGCCAUUCUAUGAUUCUGUUUCUCACGUAAUUGCACUGCAGCAGGGCCGUGGGCACAGCCUUUGUGUGGGGGGUUCCAACACCUCCCCUGCUGCCUGCCCACACCUCGCUGCCCUCACUUUGCUCUGAAAUUUCCAUGUCUGUGAGCGGGCAGCUCAUUUUAAGACAUUGCCUCAUGUUUCCCCACGUGCAAAAUGCCACAUCCGUGGGGCAGGCGUGGGUGCAAAGCCACAUGCUGAGCAUGGGGCUGCAUUGAUGUGUGUGUGGGGAGAGUGAGCUGAGCGAGGCUCAGCUCCAUCCGUGACCCCAUCACGGGGGCUGCCCUGUGUACCAAGGGACAGCAGGUUGGCUGGGAGCUGUGGGUUUCCCCAUAGAUGGUGCCAUCACGUCCCCAGUGCUGAGCAGCUCGGGGCAGGGCUGUGUCCACGCAUUCAUGCUGCCCAGCUCCAAGGUGCCGCCGUGCGUCAUGCAGCAGCUUGUGCUGGGGAUUUGGCUGGGUUAUCCCUGUAAUUCGCUGGCUGUGGGAAUGCUGGAGCUGGGGGGAGGGCUGGGAGUGAGCGUGCUGCAGGUGGGGGCCCUGCGGGUGCAGCCUGUGCGCCAGCAAGGAGCUGGGAGAUGGGAAUGAAUGGCAAAGCAUCCCUGGGGAGGGAUGGGUAAGUGAAUGCUGGGACCACACCAGCUUGAGGAGGAGGAAGGCAGCAGCUCUUGGCACCCGAGAGGCUGCAGAGUGUGCUCCUGGCACGCUGCUAUGAUGUGCAGGAGGGGUGCUGGGCCUGGGAAGGGCUUGGAAGCUCGCAGCAGGGAGUGGGGCUGGGAUGGGGGCACAGCAUCGUGUGGUGUUGCUGUGUUUGGGUGCUCUGUGCUCAGCUCGUGCUGCGUUGGAUGGGAUGUGUGGGACAGGGUGGACCGCUCCCAGCUGGGCUUUCCUGUGGGGAAUGCAGGUCUUGCACUGGGGAGGAGUGGGAUAAACCUUCCUGGAUGGAAUUUGGGACAGAUGAUGAGGCUGCAGAACCGGCUGAUGCUUUGGAGGAGGGGUGGGUGUGCGUGCAGUGGUGGGACAGUGACACAAGCCUGGGGGUGGCUAUGUGCAGAUAAGCAUUCUGCUCCAGGAGAUACAAGCCUGGGGCCAAGCAGCUCUCCUCGCUGUUUGGCCGUGGUGAGGGUUGCACUGAAUGCCCACAAUUAUCUCAUGAUUGGGUGGGUGGAAUUUCUGCACAGGACCAAGCAUCACCUCCUGCUGCCGCAUCCCAUGGUGAUGCUCUGAGCUCAGGAGAAAUCCCCAGCAAACACAGAGACCCCAGCAGGACAUUUCUCCCUGGAGCAGAGUGCUGAGGGAGUUUGCAGAUCCUGGCCACGUGCUCUUUCCAAGAGCAGCUCUCAAAGCAGCAGCAUUUUGCAGAUGUGGAGGAAUGAGCGUCUGCCCUUUGCUCUCCCACACAAAGAAUUUUGCAUCUGGGGAAGUGAGAGCGAGCUGGGGGAAAGCCCUGAUAUUCCCUGCUCUGCAGAGCCAUACCCUGCACAGGGGGACCCAGAGCCCAACCAGGAAUUGGGGAAGCUCUGAAGAAUUGUGCGGCUUGAGCCGGGUUAAUGAAGCCCAGCAGCUUGGGGAAUCUGUGCUGCACGUGGUGUUGGGGUGCGUGUACAGCGAGGACGUGGGGCUGCAGAUGGGAUCACAAAGAGCAGAGCCUUUUUGCAAUGGGUUGGGGGGUGUUUGGGUAUCAACUCCUUGGGCAGAGGGGGACGUGCUGGGAAUGCAUGUGCCUUGGGAAGUGGGCUGGGAAGAUCCCCAUCCAGCUAUUGUGGGUGAGUCCUUCCCUUUCCGUGCAGAUAGUGGCUCAGGAAACCCGGAGAAACACGGCUCCUGGAAGCACUGCUGUGGGGAGGAGGUGGUCCUGACGGGGGAUCUGUGCUCUUGUAGGGUUGUGCCACGGGGAGGUGCCCCAACGCGCAGCCAUGCUGCCCAUCUGCCCUCACCUCCUCACCCAAUGCCCGAGCUGCGUGCAGAUGGGAGGGGGGAGGAGGAAAGCUGGCUCAGCGUUAUCACAGCCACCAGCACACUCCGUGGGUUGGUGCCUCUAUCUCGGCCGCGUGGUUUUGCUUCCUUUCAGGGUGUGCCGAGUGCCUGAAACUCAUCCGGGAUGAACAAACCACGCGGCAGUUGCCCAAUGUCCUGCUUGCUGUGGGAAUAGGCAGAAGGAAAGUGAGGAGAGUUUCCCAAUUGCGCACCCAGGGAACUUGUCAGGCUCCUGCCCGGCCCUGCUGCUCUCGCACCAGUCCCACCAGGCAGAGCAAGAGAACCUCAGCCAUGCCCUGGGACUCCCAUGCGUGAAGGACAGAGGAGAAGGAAGAAGGAGUCCAUUGAGACGCACUGCGUGGGAUCCCUGCCACGCUUAUGAGCCUGCCACCCACUCAGGAUGGCAUCCAGCAACAAGAAUGGGAGCAGCCGCUCCAGCAGCAGCCGCCUGCAGAGCAAGAAGCCCCCCAACCUCUCCAUCGUGAUCCCCCCGCCCCGGGAGGCAGAGGAGGACGGCACCCACAAGGAGCCCUCCAAGGUGCCCAUCUAUCGGAAGAGCAAGAGCCUGCAGGAGCCACGCUCAAAGGGAUGUGAGAACUCGGAGCGGCGGCCGGGCUUCCGCCGACAGACAUCUCUGUCCCAGAGCAUCCGCAAGGGCACGGCGGAAUGGUUCGGCGUCAGCGGCGACUGGGAGGGGAAGCGGCAGCACUGGCAGCGCCGCAGCUUGCAGCACUGCAGCAUGAGGUACGGCAAACUGAAGGCUGCCUAUCGCGACAUGGAGCUGCCCAGCCAGGAGGUGCCCUCCUUCCAAGGCACCGAGUCACCCAAACCGGCCAAGAUGCCCAAGAUCGUGGACCCUCUGGCCAGGGGCCGUCCCUUCCGCCACCCCGAUGACACCGACCGUCCCCAUACGCCCCACCACGUCCUGCCCCCCCACACCCCUGGUGUCACGUCGCUGGCAUCCCUGGGCAGUGCCCGCUCUGCUUACAGCCGCCUGCCGCGCCGCAAGAGGCUCUCCGUGGCGCACAUGAGCUUCAGGGCGGCCGCCGCGCUGCUCCGUGGCCGCUCUGUCUUGGAGCCUCUGACUGAGAAGCAGAGGAGCACCAAGAGGAGCUUCAUGUACCCCAGCUUCAUGGAUGAGGACGUGGUGGAUACCGCUGACACGCUGGACUCCUCCUUCUUCAGUAAGAUGGACACACACGAUGAGACCUAUUCCAUGCCAGAUGACGUCUUCGAGUCACCACCACUCUCAGCCACGUAUUUACGCAUGCACUCAGUGGGGGAGGAUGUCAGGGCAUCCCCAGAGGUGGAGCAGACCGCACUACGUGAGGGUGCCCGUCUCGCUGCUGCCUCAGCUGGCCCGGCCCCCCAGAGGGGCAGACGCAUCGCUUCCAAAGUGAAGCAUUUCGCCUUCGACCGCAAGAAACGCUACUAUGGACUGGGGGUGGUGGGGCAGUGUCUGAACAGGACGUACCGCCGCAGCCUCAGCAGCAUCGUGCAGUCACAGCUGGAGAUCACCGACAGCCACCGGCCGUAUUUCACCUACUGGAUCACCUUUGUCCACAUCAUCAUCACCUUGCUGGUCAUUGGCACGUACGGCAUCGCUCCCAUUGGCUUCACCCAGCAUGUGACGACAGAGUUAGUGCUGAGGAACAAAGGUGUGUAUGAAAGUGUCAAGUACAUCCAACAGGAGAACUUCUGGAUCGGGCCCAGCUCGAUCGACCUGAUCCAUCUGGGAGCCAAAUUCUCACCCUGCAUCAGGAAGGACCGCCAGGUGGAGCGGCUCAUCCAGCGCGAACGGGACCGGGAGCGGAACUCUGGCUGCUGCGUGCAGAAUGACAAAUCGGGCUGCAUCCAAACGCUGCCACAGGACUGCUCGGAAACGCUGGCGACGUUCAUCAAGUGGCCCAACAACAACACGCCGACCAUGGGCUCCGGUGAGAAGCGCACGUCGGGGGCUGUGUGUCACCAGGACCCCAGGACGUGUGAAGAGCCGGCCUCAAAUCCCCCCCAUGUGUGGCCAGAUGACAUCACCAGGUGGCCGAUCUGCACCUACGAGACCAAAACCAACCACACAGGCCUCCCUCACAUGGACUGCCAGAUCAAGGGCAGGCCGUGCUGCAUCGGCACCAAGGGCAGCUGUGAGAUCACAACACGGGAGUACUGCGAGUUCAUGCAUGGCUACUUCCACGAGGAGGCAACUCUCUGCUCACAGGUGCAUUGCCUGGAUGAAGUCUGUGGCCUCCUGCCCUUCCUCAACCCAGAGGUCCCCGACCAGAUCUACCGCCUGUGGCUGUCCCUGUUCCUGCAUGCAGGCAUCAUCCACUGCCUGGUGUCAGUGACCUUCCAGAUGACAGUGCUGCGGGAUCUGGAGAAGCUGGCGGGCUGGCUCCGCAUCUCCAUCAUCUUCAUCCUCAGUGGCAUCACAGGCAAUCUGGCCAGUGCCAUCUUCCUACCGUACCGAGCAGAGGUGGGCCCUGCUGGGUCUCAGUUCGGUUUGCUGGCUUGCCUCUUCGUGGAGCUCUUCCAGAGCUGGCAAGCGCUGGAGAAGCCGUGGAAAGCCUUGCUCAACCUCUCCGGCAUCGUCCUCUUCCUCUUCGUCUGCGGCCUCCUGCCCUGGAUCGACAACAUUGCCCACCUCUUCGGCUUCCUCAGCGGCCUGCUGCUCUCCUUUGCCUUCCUGCCCUACAUCACCUUCGGCACGAUGGACAAGUACCGCAAGCGGGCCAUGAUCAUCGUGUCCCUGCUGGUCUUCCUGGGCCUCUUCACCUCGCUGUUCAUCUGGCUGUAUGUUUACCCCAUCAACUGGCGCUGGAUCGAGUACCUCACCUGCCUGCCCUUCACCAGCAAGUUCUGCGAGAAGUACGAGCUGGAGCAGGUCCUGCACUGACCCACGGAGGGGCUGCGGAGCUGGGACCGGCCUGCUCGGGGCCUCCAGGCCCUCCUAACCCCAGGACAGCUUGUGGGGUGAGGCAGCAGCCGGGCCCAGCAGUGCCAAUCCUACUGUGAACACAACCCCCCUUUUUGCAGGGGCGCUUUUGUACCUAUGGCUCUUGGUCGUGUCCAUCACCUCGGGGCUUACAGGGGCUCUGUGGCCACGCUCUGGUUCAUCCCUUUCUCCAACCUGUCCCAGUGGGAUGGGGUCCUCCAGCACUUCUCAGCCUUGGGAUUUUUAAUUUUGGGGAGGCUGGAGGUGUUUUCCUGAAUGGGCUGUGGGGGGACCCUGGUGGUUUCCACAGUGGAGGACUCUGGAGGUUUGGGUUUUUUUUUCCUCUUGGUUUGUUUGUUGUUUUUUUUGCAGCUCUGACACACUCAGAGCUAAGGAUUGAAGAUAUUUUUCAGCCCCCUGUUUGCUCCCCAGGGGCUCAGGAGCAAAGCUGUGCUCCUCAUGGUGGGCUCCUCACUGGGGGGGAUGGGGGUGCUGCUUUUUCCCCUCAUCUCAGUGAGGUUCCCCCUGUAAGUGGAACACUGUGCUGGUAUGUAAGCAUAGAAGAAAGCACUCCAGUGAUUUUGUUCGGCUCCUAUUGGAUCACCAGGGUGAGGCAGGGCUUGGCUCCUCAGGACCCCCUCCUGCUACUGCUCUGGACCCACGGUGUCACCUCUUGUCCUUCAGGGUGUAAGCAGGUGACAUCCAGUGCUGUGUGUGACAGCGCUGUUCAAAGGAGCAGCACAAGUCCCUCAUCAAAACGAUCCAGGUGCUGGGGUCUCAGCCCCAUGUGUGCCCCCCCUGCUCUGCCGCAGGCCGGCUGCAGCCCCAUUCCUUGCUCCUCCGGUGCUGCUCCAGCCAAAGAUUGGCACCUCACCUCAGUUGUCUUUUUUUUGAUACUUUUUUUUUUUUUUUUUUUUAAAAAAAAAAAAGCUGUGGAAUUUUUUUGGACCCUGAAUAAAUUUCUACCUGUA